CGGAGGCGGCGGGGGAUGACGUCAUCGAGCGGGACUACGGACAUUGGGCGCCAUUUUGAAAAGGGAAAAAAAAUCCGCCGGCGGCGGCGGCGGCGGCGGCGGCGGCCGGGCCGAGGUGCUUGGGCGGCAGCUGCGCGGGGGCCGCCUCCUACGUCCGCCGCCGCCUCGGCGCCCGGCCGCCCCCGGCUGCGCGCCGGCCGACCGGCCAUGGCAGGAGCCGGAGGCGGCGGCUGCCCUGCGGGCGGCAACGACUUGCAGUGGUGUUUCUCGCAGGUCAAGGGGGCCGUGGACGAGGACGUGGCGGAAGCUGAUGUCAUCUCAACUGUGGAAUUUAGUCACUCUGGAGAUCUUCUUGCAACAGGAGACAAGGGCGGCAGAGUGGUUAUUUUUCAGCGUGAACAAGAGAAUAAAAGCCGCCCUCAUUCCAGGGGGGAAUAUAACGUUUACAGUACCUUUCAAAGUCACGAACCAGAGUUUGACUAUUUGAAGAGUCUAGAAAUUGAAGAAAAAAUCAAUAAAAUUAGGUGGUUACCACGACAGAGUGCUGCUCGUUUUCUGCUCUCGACAAAUGAUGACCUGAGAAUUAAUCUAUGGCAUUUAGAAAUCACAGAUAGAAGUUUUAACAUCGUGGACAUCAAGCCGGCCAACAUGGAGGAGCUGACGGAGGUGAUCACGGCGGCCGAGUUCCACCCGCACCAGUGUAACGUGCUCGUCUACAGCAGCAGCAAGGGGACCAUCAGGCUGUGCGACAUGCGCUCCUCCGCCCUGUGCGACCGACACUCCAAGUUUUUUGAAGAGCCGGAAGACCCCAGCAGUAGGUCCUUCUUCUCAGAAAUAAUCUCUUCUGUGUCCGACGUGAAAUUCAGCCACAGCGGUCGGUACAUGAUGACCCGAGACUACCUGUCGGUGAAGGUGUGGGACCUCAACAUGGAGAGCCGGCCUGUCGAGACCCACCAGGUCCACGAGUACCUUCGAAGCAAGCUGUGUUCCCUGUACGAAAAUGACUGCAUCUUUGACAAGUUUGAGUGCUGCUGGAACGGCUGCGACAGUGCAAUCAUGACUGGGUCCUACAACAACUUCUUCAGAAUGUUCGAUAGGACUACAUGGAGGGAUGUUACGCUGGAAGCUUCCAGGGAGAACAGCAAGCCUCGCGCCAGCUUGAAGCCUCGCAGAGUGUGUGCAGGUGGGAAGAGAAAGAAGGACGAGGUGAGCGUGGACAGCCUGGACUUCAGCAAGAAGAUUCUGCACACGGCCUGGCACCCAGCGGAGAACAUCAUUGCCGUGGCUGCCACCAAUAACCUGUACAUAUUCCAGGACAAGGCCAACUAAGGAGGCAGCGGGACCCGCGUCUCGUGCAGAAUCGCGCCUGGUCGUUCGGUGCCAGAGGACAGGCGACAUCCUCUCCGUGAAGAGCAGGGACGCCCUCCUGCCUCCGCACAGACUGCACGGGCUGGCCGCGCGGGUGCCCGCGGGCUUCUGCUUCAGCAAGGUGAGCCCUGGGUGUCGCUGCUCAGGUGAGAAGCCCGCUCGAAGCAGAGUGAUGGACAGGACUCAAAAGAGGCCAUUGCUAAAAUAAACGUAUUUAUUGAAGUCUGAGCCUUCCUUCCAAUUUAUAGACCAAAAAUUAACAUCCACGAGGAAAGUUGUCAGCUUCAACGUCUCCUCCUGUCCAGCUCUCCUCCUCCGCUGUCAUCCUGGGGCCUCCACGUGCGCGGCUGCUGCCCGCCUUCCCUCGGCCCCUCUCAGCCCAGGCGGGGCCUCGGCCGGCGCGGAGAUUCGGCCGAGCGGGCUCAGGCCGCUUUACUCCCAUCACGCCUCUGGUGUAACCGCCUAAUAAAAGCAACACACUCUAAAAAGUGUUUUUUAAGUCCAAAAUAAGUAUCGUCUUUUUAUUUGAUUUAAUUGCAUAUAAUGAAAUUAUGCAGAAUUCAACUUUAAAAAUCUUUUGUCCUUCGUUAACAGAGUGGUGGAACGUGUGCAGUACUUCAAACUCUGAACGUAUGUAUCCACAAACUUCCAUAACUUUUUUGUUUCUGUAGAAAUGGUACAUCUGACACACCAGGUAAGGUCUGGAAAAAGCCUUAACUGCAUCUGCCUCUGAGAAAGAAAAUCCCAAGGAGCAGUAACAGGAUCGCUGCUGAAAAAGUAACACGUGGUUUAAAGUAUGCCUCAAAUUCACUGCAGUUGAAAACUUACGUGCUUUUUAAACCUUUUUAAAAGUACUUUGGGGGAAGGGUAACAUACUUUUUAAAAACUGCUGGAAUUAUAUGCAUGCCGAAUUUCAUACUGCAUUUCAAGCCAGCAAAAAUUAAACAAUUUUAAUUAUUAUGUAAUGCCACCAGUACCUUGGUGGUUUACUUUAAAAGUAGGUUGAUAUCAGAAAUCAAGAUUUCCUAAGACAAAAAAAUACAGAGGUAACAACACUAAGUGAUUGGAGCUUGCGGCCGCGAAAUUUCACACAGGAGCCCGAGACCCAGUCCUCCGGGGGACGGGACAGCUGGGGCUCACGUGCUGCUCUUGAAAUUAAGGUGUAUUUUGGUCACUGGUGAUAUGGAGAUGCAAGAACAAAUGUCUUGUCAACUCAUUCCCCUGAAUUCAUGUUAACAGGGUGCCACAUUAGCUCACGUUACGUUGGAAAUAGAGAAUCAACAAGUACAUUUAUUUUCAUUUAAAGGUAAUUGUUUUACUGCGUAUUGGUUGACGCAGUUCACAAACCUGAGAUGUGGAACAGAGUUGUCUAAGUAUCAGUCAACCCUGGCCCUUAAGGUAAAGCAGUUCUAGUAAGAUGGGGUUGUAUUUACUUGUUCAGCUUUUUGACCAGAAAGUUUAAUAAAUUUCAGAUGUUUAACCAGGUUUGUACUGUGUAACUGGACGACUUUUUUCCAUCUUUCCUUUAAGACGUAUUUCCCACCAAACAGGAAACCAGCCUUCCGCCUCUCAGACGGCCCCGGGCGGGAGGCGCGUGCGUGGUGGCUGCCGCCGGCGGGGCGGGGCUCCCUGUGUCCCUGGGCUCUUCUCCCCCGAGUCGGGCGGACGCCCCUCAGAGAUGCUGUUGAGAAACGUGUAAUUUAAGAGGUGUCUAGCAGUUUCUUCCGUGUCUUUUCCAUUAGACACUUCUGAUUCCAUUUAAGCCUUUUUCCCCUCCUGAUGAGGACCCGCAGAGCCCGUCCCGGGAAGGUUUCCCUCAGCUGCCCCGCGUCUGAAGAGUGACGGCUGGGGCUGGGGCCCACGAUCUCCUGCGACCCCGUCAGCGCCCGGUGAGCAACUGAGAGGACUUGCUGGUCCCAUUUCCCUGCUCACCCUCCGGACGGUGACGCCCGCAACCGGAACCUCGGUGUGUAUACAUUUCAGCAUCUAAUUUAGAAGCAUCCAGUUGUGCUCUAACAGCCCUGCAGUGGAUACACUCAAUUCAAGCACAGAGGAGAGGAUUCUACCCAACCUGAAACGCUCUUACUCCCGUCACUGUUUUUUUGAACUGACCACACGCUGCUAGAAAGAGUCGCCUGCAGGACAGGUGAUAUCGCCAAGUUUAUCAGCACCAACCUCACAAAGACCCCUGCUGAGCAGUGAAGCCCACGCCCCCAGGAGCCCAGAACCGAGGGGCGUAGGCAUCAGAGGGCUGUCCGGGCAGAGGGGGCUGGGGAGGACGUCUUCAGGAGCCUGCAGCCCAGCACGGGGAGCUUCCUUAGAGCAACUGGCGGCGUGGAUUUUACUAUCCUGACCACUCUGGAGGCUGGUGAGAAGGGCAGACACCCCUGUUGGGGGCUGGCUGCAGAAAUCCAUCUUGACAUGAAGGCCUAAACCUCAACCCGGCAGGCCCCCACAGCAUCUGACUGCUAGUUCUGGAGAAAGCUCCAGAAAUCAGUACCUCCCUGCGUGAGACCGGCAGAGUCUGGCUCUGCAAAGCACCGUGCUGAGCGGGAAGGCAGAACCGAGAGGCAGAGGCCGGGGGCCUGGCCCCACCAGGGAGCCCUCUCCCCAGGCAGGCAGGACCGUGGGCUGGGGCUCGGGAGGUCGGGACUCCGCUCUCGCCUCCCAGAGCAGGCGGGCCGGCGUCUCCUCUGCCGCGUUCACGGAGCCCGCGGUGGCACCAGCCCGCGUCAGAAGGCCACCUCGACGAUCCAGAUGUCCAGUCAGCUGCAGCCACAGGAGCCCCUCCCUCCGCACCAGGACCAGUGAGACCCCCCCGCCCCCCUGGUCAGAGGCUGGGGAGGGGCCCCCGAGGGCGGCCUCGGGCUCCGCUCCUCAGCACCGUCCGGGCUCAGUGUCUCCACGACCCAGGCUGCCCCUCUGUGUUCCGCACGGUCGUCAGAACGGGCGCCCUCUUCUCUCUCACUGCCGAGUGGACGCCAGCAGACACGUGCAGCCCGAGUUACCGACACUGCCCCCCCGCAGCCACCCGCAAGGAGAGAGGCUGAUCUGCACCUGCGUGCAGCGGUCCAGGUCAAGCAGCCGGACGAGCGCCCCUGCGCGUCAGAGAGGCGGGCGAAACCAGCCUCUGCUGCCCGACACUCGGGGCAGCGCUGCCCCGGCUCACGGCUCUGGGCUCUGUUUCCCACGCCCACGUCGCCCGUGCUUCUAAGCCCUAGAAGGACCCCACGCUGUGCCGU